AUGACUUCCAACGCCAGCCCAGACCUCGACAGCAACCAAAUAGACCCCAAUGUAGCCGCCAGUAAGCUCAUUCCCCUCCCAGUCCCCAAACGAAAGCUAAUAACAGACCUCCCCCCGGUCCACGCGGUCACAACAACCCGCCACGGCACCAGCUACUGGGCCACCACCAACACAGCCCGCAUAACCCUCACCCUCCCAGACAACUCCAUAAAAUCCUACUUCUUGAAAACCCUCACAAAUGACCUAGGCAAGAACAUCCUCUACGGCGAAUACACAUCCAUGCAGGAAAUCCACCGCGUAGUCCCAGACUUCGCACCGAAACCAAUCGCCUGGGGGACUUACCAGAAUAACCCCGAGACACACUUCUUUCUCUGCGAGUAUCGCGAUAUGGUUCUUGCUAGGGAUGAGAUGCCUGAUCCGGGGAGGUUUACGGAGAGAUUGGCGGCGUUGCAUCAGCGCAGUCAGCGUCAGAGUCUGGAGGGGAAGUUCGGGUUUCAUGUUCCUACGUAUAGUGGGUAUUUACCACAGUAUACUGGAUGGGAGAGGAGCUGGGAGGUGUUUUUUUCGAAGAGUUUGCGUGUCGCGCUGGAUUUGGAGAUUAAGGCGAAAGGACACGAUUCUGAGUUGGAUGUGCUUGUGCCGGUUGUUUUUGAGAAAAUUAUCCCGAGGUUAUUACGGCCACUGGAGAGUGAGGGACGGUCUGUGAAACCAGCAUUGGUGCAUGGGGAUUUGUGGUAUGGGAAUUCGGGGGUUGAUAAAGUGUCCGGGGAGUGUUUGGUUUUUGAUGCGUGUUGUUUUUAUGCGCAUCAUGAGUAUGAAUUCGGGCAAUGGAUGCCGGCGUGCAAUCGGUUUGGAGAGGAAUAUCGUGCGGCGUAUCGGGAGCUUGUGAAGCCUUCGCCGCCGGAGGAGGAUUAUGAUGGGCGGUUAGAUUUAUAUAAGCUGCGGUUCAAUACUCAUGUUUCUGCGCUGUUUACGGAUGAUAUAUCGCUGAGGAAACAAAUGAUAAACGACAUGAAAGGCCUUGUCAGCCGAUAUGGCUAA